AUGACGAAUAAACGAGGACAGAUUCUGUGCACUAGCGACCCGGGUAUUCCGGAGAGCGCCUACUGCGAUGAGACUUUCGGCAGGAUGAGCCGCAAGCGCCACUGUAGCGUCCGUUCGCUGUACGAAGAGUCGGCAACCGGGCGCCGUGACUCACCUGCACGCCCAAGCGACAGCCCUUCUUCAGUGACACUUAUUCUACCUGAUGAGGAGGACGCAAUCUCUUUGCAUGAGCUCGCUUCGGAGUGGAGCGAGAAGAUUGUGGAUGGGCUUCGCCGCAUGCAGAGCACGCAAGACCUUAAGGAGCCGCUGGCCAACUACCUGACCCAGUUCUACCACGCUGCAAUAUCGCGGGGAUGCGAGGACACUUCGCAGCCCGAAAACUCGCAGGGGGACCAGAGUGAGGAGCUUUCCAAUCGCAUCGGCCAGCUGCUGCAUCGCAACAACGUGCUCUGCAACGUCAUUCGCAACCAGUACGAGACUAUACGACGGCUGCAGGCGAGCGAGGUGCUCGCAUCGAGCCUGAUGAGGGAGAAGGUGGCGCUCAGGGAUGAGCUGCUGGGCCUCAAGGAGUGCGUCAACGCCUACGUCGGCUCUGUGGGCGCGGGGUCGUCGUGCGGACCAUGCGACUCCCAUUUCACGCGACGCCCACCGGACGUCUUUUAG